AUGAACAGCUUUAGCAAUGAUGAGUUUGACUUCAAUUUCCUUGAAGGCUUUACUGCUAAGGAUAUUUUGGACCAGAAAAUUAAUGAAGUUUCUUCUUCUGAUGAUAAAGAUGCCUUCUAUGUUGCUGACCUCAGUGACAUCCUAAAGAAACAUCUGAGAUGGUACAAAGCUCUUCCUCGAGUAACUCCUUUUUAUGCUAUUAAAUGUAAUGACAGCAGAGCUAUAUUAAAGACACUUGCUGCAGUAGGAGCAGGAUUUGAUUGUGCUAGCAAGACUGAAAUACAGUUAGUACAGAGUCUUGGGGUGCCACCAGAGAGGAAAAUAUAUGCAAAUCCAUGCAAACAAGUGUCACAAAUUAAGUAUGCUGCCAACAAUGGAGUACAAAUGAUGACUUUUGAUAGUGAAGUAGAGUUAAUGAAAGUUGCCAGAGCUCAUCCAAAGGCAAAGCUUGUUUUGAGGAUUGCCACUGAUGACUCCAAAGCUGUCUGUCGUCUAAGUGUUAAAUUUGGUGCCACUCUUAAAACUAGUAGGCUACUCCUUGAGCGGGCAAAGGAACUGAAUAUUGAUGUUAUUGGAGUCAGUUUCCAUGUGGGAAGUGGUUGUACUGAUCCAGAAACAUUUGUCCAAGCAGUCUCUGAUGCCCGAUGUGUCUUUGACAUGGGGGCAGAGUUUGGUUCCAACAUGUAUCUUCUCGAUAUUGGUGGUGGCUUUCCUGGUUCCGAAGAUGUAAAGCUUAAAUUUGAAGAGAUCUCAAGUGUAAUCAAUCCAGCAUUGGACAAGUAUUUUCCUCCUGACUCUGGAGUGCGAAUCAUAGCUGAACCUGGCAGAUACUAUGUUGUGUCAGCUUUCACGCUUGCAGUUAACAUCAUUGCCAAAAAACUUGUAUUAAAGGAACAGACCGGCUCUGAUGAUGAAGAUGAGGCAAAUGACCAGACCUUUAUGUACUAUGUAAAUGAUGGAGUAUAUGGAUCAUUUAAUUGUAUCCUAUUUGAUCAUGCACAUGUUAAACCUCUUCUACAAAAGCGGCCCAAACCAGAUGAGAAGUAUUACUCUUCUAGCAUAUGGGGACCAACAUGUGAUGGCCUUGAUCAAAUUGUCGAACGUUGUGAUUUACCAGAAAUGCAUGUUGGAGAUUGGAUGCUCUUUGAAAACAUGGGUGCUUAUACUGUUGCUGCUGCUUCUACUUUCAAUGGAUUCCAGAGACCCACUAUCUAUUAUGUGAUGUCUGGGCCAGCAUGGCAAUGCGUGCAACAAAUCAAGAACCAAGGCUUUCCAGCAGAAGUAGAGGAUCAGGAUAUCAACACUUUGCCAUUGUCUUGUGCUUGGGAAAGUGGAAUGGAACAUCACUCAACAACUUGUACUUCAGCUAGUGUUAAUGUAUAGAUUCUGUUUGUAGCCAUUCAUUGCAAGUUUAGCUUGAAUUAGAGCAUUUUGGG